AUGAGCGACAACAACAACAACGACGACGAAAGAAAAGACGAAAUUCCUCCGCCACUUGAUAACCCCAAUCCCACCAACCCAACCGAAUCCUCUCAUCCCCCAAAACCUCCAUCAAAACCCUUCUUCCUACUCCCAUCCAUCCUCCUCAUCACCACCAUCAUCAUCAUCAUCAUCCUAUCCGCCGUAUACUACCAUUCUCAAAACACCUCUUCCAACCACCCUCACUCGAAAUCUUCGUGGUGGUGGUCGCAGUGGGGAUUGACAAGUAGUUAUAGCGGUAAUAAUAAUGGUGGUGCUGGUUAUGGUUAUGGUGAAGUGGAGAGUUGGAGUGAUGAAGAGUUGGAAAGUGAUUUGAAACCGAAAAUUGAAUUGGAAUUGGGGCAUGGGGAUCUUAGAGGUGGGGGUGGUGGGGUGGGGCGGUUGGAGGGGGGGAGGAGGAGAGUGAGGAGUGAGGAGUGA